GCGUACGUCAUAUAUCUAUGUUCACACUUAUUUAAAUAAUUAUUAUUCUUAAAUUAAUUUUAUAAUUAAUUUAUUGUUAAUCAUAAUUACAACUAACUCCAUUAAUUUAUUUUUUUAUUCACUAUACACCCAUAACAUUUCGUUUCAUUCAUUAUGUUUAAAUCAUCAUCUAAAUAUCAUUAUAUGAAUUAUAGUGCCUGCUUUCAUCAAUUUAGAUUUAGAAUGCCCAAACUAUUUUAAGUCCAAUUGAGGUAUCGUUUGUGUUCUUUUCAAGUCUAUUUGCCUGGUUUCCAAUGGAGGCGCCGUCGUGUUGUGUUGAGGAGGGAUUUCAUGAAGAGAGCCCUCGUCUUGAAGACCUGCUGUCGUUGGGUGAGAUCUGGAAACAACAAUUUCACUCGUGUUACUGUCUGGUCGAGGAGGGAGAGGAAGCCAACUGUGUUCGAUCCUCUGAGUUUCUCAUUCCGGCGCAAUCUCGAUCGCCUGUUUCGAACCCGGCAUUUUGAGGAGGGAUUUCGUGGAUUUCGUUCUUCUAAGGUGAGGGAGAUGAAGCGCCUGUUUUUGGUUCUCUGGGUUUUGUCACUCCAGCGCAGUCCCGAUCCCCUAUUUCGAUCCCGACGACUUGAGGAGGGAUUGUGUAGAUCCCAAUCGUAUGCGGUGAUGAAGAUGAAGCACAAGUUUCGGUCCUCUGGGUUUUUCCUUCCGCUAAUCUUUGAUUUCCCCCUUCUCGUUUCUCGUACUGUUACCAUGGAGAUUUCCGCCAUGGAUUUUGCGGAUGUUUCAAUCGAAGCAAGUUUCGUGCUUGAUAGGUUGGAAGGUUCGAAUUUUGGUUUCUAUGUAUUGUUGGUCAAGGGGAAAGAGAGGUUGAUGGGUUCCGCAUUACUUUUCUCCUGCUAGAAAUAGAAUCCGAAUUUCUAUCCCUCUAUUGCCUUGAGCUUGUUACUUUGUAAUCUGGAUUAAUUGGGAAUUGAGGUUCUGUGUUAUGCGAAAAUUGUGUUAUUGUUGGUUUCGUUGGAUUCUCUAUUUGCUAAUUUGUCUGCAAUUAGCCCAAGGAUAAGAGAUGAAUGAGACAAAACGGCAGAUGAUGUUGCUUUGUGAAUUGUAAUCGCAGGAGUAAUGGAGUUGUAAAUAAUCUUAAAGUUUGGCUGUUCUAAAUUGAUGGUUUGGAGAAAAGGGCACUAUGAUUUAUUUAAUUGCUAGUUAAAUGCUUGAUUUGAGUUUAAUGUACGAUAGAAACUGAUAUGGGGCUAAAAUGUAUACAACAAAUAAUUAAUGGGUUUGAUUGUAAUUUAUAAUUAAUAAUUAAAUUGAUUAUAAUUACAUCAAAAUAAUUAAUAAUUAAGUUAUAGGUGUGAAUACAGGUGUAUAGUGUACGCCUGGUGUAUGCUAGCCUGAACCAUAUAUAUAUAUAUAUAUAUAUUAUACAUAUAUUCACCCCAUUAUAUCUAUUUAACACUCACAACUUAACAACCCCUAAAUCACUAACAGUUACGCUUUCACCUUAUUUUAAGUUUGCAUGAGCACAAUUUGGUCCAUCGGCAAUACUACUAUACAAUAGACAAUGCCCAAUUUGGGUUCUAUUUUUGCACGGCCCAAAUCAGAGAUGAUUAAAUGUGAGAAAAUGUUGUGGAAUGCGAAUAGUGUGAAGCUUAGUUAGUAAAUACUUCGUUUAAUACACGUAUAUGUACCCGUACGUACUUUAUCCGUUUAAAACUUCUGUAUUCGUAUUAUUGUCAAGCCGUUUCUUUUUUGACCGUUCAUUUGAUGGCUCCCGUAUUAAACACGUUUAAAACCCGUAUAACACGUUUAAUAUCCAUAUUUAAUGAAUCAAAUUACGAACUUUACCAUUAUUUAUAUAUUUAUUUAUUUUUAAAAUAAUAAAUUUUAUAUAUUUAUGACAAUUAACGUACUACUAAACGUAACAUUAGCAUAGAAACGAAGUAAAAUACCCGUACGUAUUUUAUACGUAACUUUCCUGUACCGUAUUUUACUAACUAUGGUGUGAAGCAAUGAGAGAUCAGCUCCCGCUGAUGUGGCAGAUUGUUGUUUAUAUAAAAUAACCAUAAUAUACUAGUUUUUUACCCGGCCAGUUGGCCGGUGAAGUUCAUUUUAUUAUUUAUAUUAGUUAACUUAUCUACAUAUUUGAACUUUUUGAAUCUUGUAUACAUUUUCUGCUCUCGCUUCAUAAGUGAAUAUGUGAUGUGCCUAUAUCGAAAAUUCUUAAUAUUUAAUAGUUAGCACACUCGCUUGUGAUGUUUUUAUUCUCUGAUCAUUAAUCAUGUCGUAAAGGUUUAUUACGUCCCAUUUAGGAUCGUAUAUAUCAAAUUUUUUACCAAGACGCUCAAAAUUAUUAUCUUAUACAACAUAUAUCAAUUCAUGAUUCUCGAGUUUGUACGAACUCCCAGCCAAUUAAUCAGAGUUCAAAUUAUUGGAGAAAGAUACUUGAUUACUGGAUAAAUUAUGUUUAUCCCAAUUGAAAUUUGACACACAUCGUAUCCCUUAUAAUUAUUAAAUUCUCUAAACCUCACUCAUUUUUAUCGUUGAUGUUCAUGAAGUCUUUGUAUAGCAUCUUAUGACAAUUUUUCUACCAAGAUACAAAUUAUUAUUAUCUUACAAUAUAUAUCAAUUGCUAAUAUUUUAAGUUUGGACUAACCCUCAACUCAUGCCUUUUGUCUAGAUGUUCGUUUAGAGUUUGAAUCCAAGGCAUCCAUAUCCACUAUCGAAGAUUCUCAUCUUAAUAUGUUCCUUCAAUGUAUAAAUUUUCAACUAUUUG